GAAGUUUAUUGCGGGAAAAAGGCGCAUAUGAAUGGCCCCCAAACAAUUGACGACAAAUCGGGACCCGCCGCUGUGUUUCGCAACCUCGAGAUGGUGCUUCCUCGCGAUCGUCAAGCUCACCAUGUUGUCGUCAUUGACAGAUUUUAUACAUCUGUAGCUCUAGCUCUUGAGCUUCUAGCCAAGAAGAUAUUCGUCGUUGGAACCAUCCAGCCACGACGAAUUGGGUUUCCCACUGCGCUGAAGGAGAAGCGAAAGAAGCGCCCAAGCGAAAUUCCUCGAGGGUCAUAUAAAUUAGCUCGGUCGAAAACCGUUCCAGAGAUGUCCGCCUGCUGCUGGUGGGACUCCAAACCGGUGCACUUGCUAGCGACCGGUGCAAGCCUGCAAGAACUCACUAUAGGUACGACAACCAUGAGACUGGAGAAAUAUGAGGGUGCUAAAGAGGUCUGUGCAAUUUAG